CAACAGCGUACGAGCUAUUCACGAGGGCUGUCGUCUGCUCGGCUAGUUUUAGAAAUGGCAUCGACCGUUUCAAAUGGCAACGACUGUUCUGAGAAAUGGCAUCGACCGUUUCAAAUGGCAACGACCGUUUACGAAAGGGAAAUUUGCCUCGCCGCCAAAUGGCUUGUUUCGACCGCGUAUCGUUGGGUUUUCUUUUACACUUGUGCCUGUGGCCUUUUCAUCGAGUGGACGGCACCGUUAUUAAUAUUUAUUCAUCUUUAGAGCCGUAUAGUAUUUUAGCUAAUUUAAGUAGACCGGGAUGGACGAAUUACACGCUUGAAGCAUCGAACACCGACGAACACACUACUCUUCUUCAAAUUCUGUCUAUUGUUCAACAAACGGAUUAUUGCGAAUGAUUCGCAAGCCAGACUGCACAUCUCUACUCAAUCAUCGACUUCCAUUUUUAAUUCAGCAGAGAGGACUCAAAGACCUCUGACUGUGACAAUUUUUGGAAAAAACUGCUGUAGAAAGCUUCAGAGAAAAGUGUCUUGGACCACUUCAGUCGGAACACGUGUGUUUCGAUUGAAAGACUUCAUUCACGAAGAAGAUCAUGCGUCGCUAAGGCUUAGAGAGACACCAUGGAGAAAGUAUUUUAGAUUCGACGCCAAAUCCGAUUAUUUGGUGCUUCGAAAAUCGUUACUUAGACUUCAAGAAAACACUCUGAUAGCGGAGUUGGUAUUUCCGGUUGGUUCUAAGAAUGCGAGUGGAAAUAAACAAGUUAUUGUAGCGCGACUUGAGUUGUUUAUCGAUAAAAACGCAAACAAUUUUGCCAAGAAGGUACGCCGAUUUCAUCGUCGACCAUAGAAAACAGUUCCCCGUUUCUCCAGCUCUCAGUUAAUUGCUAAGGUUAGAGAAAAUCGUUUCGUAGGAACAAGCGUUAUUACGAUUCAAGCACAAGAUACGAACAAUGGGUACGCUGGGAAAAUUAAAUACUCGAUGGAAGUGUCCCAGAAUUUACUCAGUCUGUUGUUAUUUGGGAUCGGUCCUAACACGGGAUUAAUAAAAACGUGAAAAAAAAAGAGAUCGUGAAAAGAUGCCGACGUACUAUUUUCGUAUCAAAGCCGAAUACGAACAAGAUAGAUCGUUGUAUGCUGAAGCAGAUCUGACCAUGUAUGUCAAUGAUGUAAACGACAACGCGCCGAACUUCGAAUCAUCCUCUGACAGCAAAGUCAUACCAGAGAAUAUUUACCUAUAUCGGAGAGACGGUCCUUGAUGUGCGAGCGCGCGAUUUAGUUACAGGUUCCAAAGCAGAUAGUCGUUACAACAUCAUUAAUAAAAGUGGUGUUUGCAGUGCAUUUGCAAUUGGUCAAAGUAGUGGUUCAAUAACUAUAGACAAACAUCUGGAUUGAGAAACUGUACAGCAAUACUCCCUUACUGUCCGGGAAAGUGAUAGUUCAUCCCCUCCUAAGACAGACCAGGCCACUGUGCGAAUUACUGUUGCUGAUGUCUAUGACUGUGAUCUUCAGUUUUUAAAGAGAGAAUACUCCAAAAAGAUUCCUGAAAACAUCAAAACAGGGGAGCUAGUUUUGAUUGUAAGUGCAUCAGAUGAGGACCUUGGCACCAAUGGUGAAGUCACCAACAGUUUUAGCAGUGGUAAAGACCAGGAACUUUUUUCUAUCAAUCAUCUUAAUGGUCAGAUCAAAGUAAACAAGAAACUUUAUUAUGAGUACAUUCCAGUGCAUACACUUUUUCUGAUGGCUCAAGACAAAGGCAAAUCGCCAAAUUACAAUGAAACCUCAGUGGAGAUAUAUCUUAUUGAUGUCAAUGACAAUGCACCUCAGUUUGUGAAUUCCGAUUUUCAAGAAAUGGUCUCAGAAUGUUGGAGUGUAGGACACACCUUUAUAUUUGUUACUGCAUUUGAAGCAGAUGAUGGUACAAACAAACAGAUCAUUUACAGAAGUGAGUGCAACCGAUCAUGGUAAUCCUCUAUUUGAAGGAACUGCUAAUGUACAUAUAACAGUAGCAGAUGUAAAUGACAACAAACCAAGAUUUUUACAAGCCAACUAUGAAAAGCCCAUUCUGGAAAAUGUACAGCCUGCAACAGUUUUGGAAGUCUCUGCAGUUGAUGAUGAUGAGGGUUCAAAUAAAGCCAUUAUCUACUCAUUUGCUAAAAAUGGUAAAUAUAUCUAAUUUAUUGUUUGAUAUUUCAUCAUGAGCUACAUGUGUAAGUAACCCUCAAAUAGGGUAAUUUAGUACUAUCAAUUGAGUUGGUAACAUAAAUUGGCCACCAUAAAGAGUUAUAAAGCUGAUGUUUCGAGUGUUAGCCCAUUGUCAUGGCUCUGAGAAAGGGCCAAGGCUUGAAACAUUAACUUCGUAAUUCUUUAAGGUGGCCAAUCUGUACGUUAUCAACUCAGUUGAUAAUAAUGAAUUACCCUGUUACAAUCUUCCACUGACGCAACACCAUAGUUUCUUUAGAAACUUACCCCUCUUAAUCCCCAAAUACUUGCAUGUAGUGCAUAUCAACUGAAUCAGCCCAAUAACAUAUUUCAAUUUCAGGUGUUCAUUUGUAUUUCCCUUUUGUUUUGUAGACAUUUAUAGCUAAGUAAUCCCUAACCCUUUGUUGCGUAACAUCAGUAUACAAGUUCUCCAUACUGUUCUCUAUACAUUUCCAAUGGUACAAACCCUUUGCUGCUUAACAUCAGUAUACAAGUUCUCCAUACUGUUCUCUAUACAUUUUCAAUGGUACAAACCCUUUGCUGCAUAACAUCAGUAUACAAGUUCUCCAUACUGUUCUCUAUACAUUUUCAAUGGUACAAACCCUUUGCUGCUUAACAUCAGUAUACAAGUUCUCCAUACUGUUCUCUAUACAUUUUCAAUGGUACAAACCCUUUGCUGCUUAACAUCAGUAUACAAGUUCUCCAUACUGUUCUCUAUACAUUUUCAAUGGUACAAACCCUUUGCUGCUAAUUAACAUCAGUAUACAAGUUCUCCAUUCUGUUCUCUAUACAUUUUCAACCAACAAGGAGAAUUUGUAGAACAAUGAAGAGUUUCUUGGGUUUGUGAUCAUUUCCUUUUUUCUCAUGACCUCAAUGUUUGAUCCAGAGGUAAAACUGUUGGGAGUAAUUAGAUGUUUAUCAUUCUUAGGGAUUAAAGGGUUAAAGAUGUAAAAUCUGUAGCUUUUUUUUUUUUUUAACAUUCCAAAUCUUUUUACUUAAAAUUCAUGUUAAGCUACACUGUCUAACACUGGUGCAUGUCUAAAAUUUGUUGACGUGUUUUAGCAAGAGUGGGUGAAGAAAAAUCUAAUCAGUGACACUCUUGGCUGCUUCUUGUGUUAAUUUUUUUUUUGUUUUAUUUACAUUUGGACAUCUGCUGUGAUCUGAACAGACCCAUGGCAACAUUGAAUGUGUUUGUUUUUACAUAAUAAUAAAAGCACAAUGUUGUUGGCCCUCUACAGCCUAACAUCAGUAUGCAUAUUCUCCAUACUUUUGUUUAUACAUUUCCUAAGGUGCUGAUAAGGAGAAUUUGAUAAACCAUCAAGAGCUUCUCUUGUUUAUGAUCAUUUCCUUUAUUCUUGUGACCUUAAUGUGUGAUUCUGGGGGAUAUUUUAAGGAGAAAUUAGAUGUUAGUCACUCUUAGGGGUUAAAGGGUUGAUAGGUUUCAAGUACAGGUAUUGAUUAAGCCAUUUAUGAUCGUGUUCUUAUUAAUAUUUUUGGUGGUUGUUGUUGUAUUUUUCAAUACUCAUCUAGGUGAUGGAGGUGGUGCUUUUCAAAUUGAUAGCAAUCAGGGAGUCAUCAGAACUUGAUCAUGAAACAAUUCCCAAAUAUGAACUGACUGUGGUUGCUGCCAACAAAGGCAGACCAUCAAUGAAGUCAACUGUGAAAGUCAAGAUAACACUGGAAGAUGUUCGUGACAGUAAACCAAAAUUUGAAAAGGGUUCGUAUGUAGUGUUUCUUGAUGAAGAUGUGAGAAUGCGUUCCAAUGGAACGAGUGCAAACUAAUUAUAGAUGCCCCUGUGCUACUGACUAUCAAGGAGAAAGUUGCAACACAGGUUUAAACUUGUGCUACUCCAAUCCUUGUGGAAACAAUGGGAAGUGUGUGUGUGUAGAGGAAGGCUACUCUUGUAUAUGCAAUCCAGGAAGAGCUGGUGUAAACUGUGAGAUUGACAUGUCAAAGAGCAAGUGUCCUACAGACUCAAAAGUGACAGAAAAUCAUCUAAAUGCAAAUCCAUGCCAUAGUGAUGGUGGUUGUAAAAAUGUUCUUGGAAGCAGGUUCACCUGUCAGUGCAAAGAUUUGAAUGAAGUUGAUGGGUCACUGUGCCAACUGAAAAGGUGCAGUUUUGAAAAAGGAUCAUUUGUUGCCUUUCCUGGUAAGGAUUUAUUUGUAGUUACAUGUUCUAUAAUUCCUAGAAUAAGCUCUUCUACUUUUAGUAAGCGCCCCUUCUAAAACUUGCCACUUCUGCAUGACUGCAUGGGCCACUUGAUACUUAAGUGGACUUUACUCUUUUUUACUGAAUUUGACUGAAUUUCACACAGGAUUGAAAAUGGAUGAAAAACUGACAGAAUUAAGAUACAAUGAAUUUUUGAAUGUUGAGGUUUUUAAAGUUAAGUGCUGGUGUUGUGUAAUGAAUAGAUUAUUAAUAUGGGAGGUGACUUGAAAUCAAACAAGUUAGUCACAUAUACUAUGUUAGGAGCAUUGUGUUCCAAUCCAGGUGCUUCUUCUACCUUGUGUUGGGGGAUAGAAUUUCAAUUGUUGUGAGGCUUUUUGUGAGUUUAAAUGUAUUGGUUUACUAUCCUUCAUGUAGCUCCUUCUAAAAGGUAAUUUUUAUGUUAACCCUUUUCACCCAAACAUCAGUACCCAUAUUCUCCAUACUGUUCUCUGUACAUUUCCUAAGUUAACCCUAUAACUCCCAAGAUCUGAUUGUUAAUUCUCCCCUGUAGUUGCUAUACAUUUCCUUGUAAAUUAGUUACGAGAACUUGGUGCUACAGUAGAUCAGGAUAGCAGCUUCUACCUGAUAAGUUUGAAUUUUCUCAUUACUUGUUUGCUGAAGAAUGUAUGGAUAUUGUGGGGAGAAGUUUUAUGUUAAUCACUUCUGGGAGUUAAAGGGUUUAAAUGACAAAGAGACUGUACAACAAUCAAGAGCUUCUUUAGCUGGUGAUCAUUUCCUUUAUUCUAGGGACUUUAAUGAGUGAUUUAGGUGUGAUAUUGCAAUGAGAAAUUAGAUGCUGGUCACUCUUAGGGGUGAAUGGAUUGUUACUCAAUGGCACUGUUUGUAGUUUGUUUUGAUGUGAUGAUAAUGAUGACGUUAAUUUUUCCUAGCACUGAAACGAAGAUGGCGUUUACACAUACAGAUGGAGUUUGCCACCACUGUGCACAGUGGGCUCUUGCUCCUCAACGGACGGUAUGAUGGAAAACACAACUUUAUUGCUGUGGAGGUGUGGCAAGGACAAGUUUGGUUCAGGUUUUCACUUUUUUCCCACGAAGUUAUUGUUACAUCAAAUGUAAAUGGCAGUGUCAUUGACGGCAAUUGGCAUAAAGUAGAAGUGGCAUUUCAGAACAGGGUAAGAAUCUUUUUUGAAAAAAAAUUUGCGAUAUGAAUUCCAUUUUGUUUGUGUAUAUGCACAUGAAUGUUGAGUUAUAUUUUAUUUCAUCAAGAACCUUUUAUACCAUGUAAGUCUUUUGUUCAGUUAACCCUUUAACUCCCAAGAUCUGAGUGUCAAUUCUCCCCUCUAGCUGCUGUUCAUUUUCUUUAAAUUAGUUACAAGAAUCUGGUAGUAUCAGAUCAAGAUAUCAACUUUGAGUAUUCUCGUUACCUGUGUAAUGGAUAAUGUUUGAAUAUUAUAAUUACGUUUUUGUUACUUCUGGGAGUUGAAGGGUGAAGGAGGCAAUGAGAAAUUCAAUUUAUUUUGUAUCACAGUCUGUUACUUUUUUUCUGGUACUUUACAAUUUGGAAAGUUCUGAACUAGAUGUUGCUUUAAAGUUGUAAACUAUUUCAAACUGACAUGUACCUACAGGUAAAGUGUAAAACUACAGAUUGGAGCUUUUCUAGAGCAAUAUUCACAUAAUGGUUUCAAUAUGUUUAUGAGUGUCCUGUGAUUUUGUGGCUUAAACUUUUAUUACUCUAAAGGUUAUAUGUAUUUUUGGUGGCCAAUAGCCUGUAGACAACUCUUGUGUAAUUUGAGGGUAAAUAUGUUAUCUUCAGUUGUUAAGAUUCAAGUGUCGAGGGUCAUGUCUCAAACAUAUCUGACCAUUCACAUUACCAUGGUAUUUGCUGGUUGCACAAUUGUGUGCUUGGUUGCUCAAUAUCAGGGAAAAAAUGGCCAAAAAUUGUAUUAUAUAUGGAAUUUUUUACUGAUUUGAAGAGUGCAGUUUUGGAGUGGUGUAUGUUACGCUAUACUUUUCAUUUGACAUUCCUUACAAUGCACAAAUUCCAAUAAUUUAAAUUGAUUAGAGAGCUUUAUCUCCUAGAGUUGAAAAUUGUUUUUUUUCUGAAGAACAAUUUCAUAAAAUCAUGCACUCAAUCUUGGUUAAAUUUCUCUGCAUGGAAGCCAAAACCUAAUAAAAAUCUAAAACAUGUUUUUUCAUUAAUGAUUAAACAAACCACCCAAAAGACAUGAUCAACUUUGCAAUUAUCUGCUUCUCUGUGCUAAUAUUUUGAUAGAUAUUACUGGACUAUUUCACAGAGCAUCUCAAUUAGGGUAAAACUUCUGACUUCAAGAAAGUUUUCAUGAAAAUCAACACUUGCCUGUUUUUCCUCUUGAUCAUCCAUUAAAAAAAAAACAACUCCACACAAGACAAAAACAAGAAAACAAACUUGAAAUUUUCACAUGAAAACAACUACUACCAUAAUUUCCGGUCAUUUCCCUGCGGGUAAUCUGUUGAUUUUGCAUUAAAUGCAUGCCACUGCGGGUAAUAGGGAGGUGCGGGUUAUGUGACAAUUUUAAAUUCUUCUGGAAGUUGAAUUGAAAAAAUUUCUCACCUACCUGCCUUUCCAUCUCUCAAAUGAAUUUUAUUAUAUUAAAAGUGCCACAAGGCGGCACAAAAACAUGAUGCUGACUCGAGUUUAUUUCAUGCAUAAUUAGUUGUUAGUUAAUUAGUUAUCCUGUACUCGAUGCGCAGUUAAUGGACUUAUUCAAACUGAAAUGUAUCGCCUUAAUGUCACGUUUUACCACCAAAAAGUUGAAUAACUUAACAUGUGGGUUAUUCACCAGUGCGGGUAAUCUGUUAACUCCUUUUUUCGCUGUAUGCAAUAAUCGGCCAGUGUGGGUUAUCGGCUGUGCAGGUAAACGACUGGAAAUUACAGUACCUUCAUUGAUAACCUCUGAACUUAAAGAAAGUCAAAAUAUAAAGGAAUGAAGAUAAAUAUUUCCUUCUCAGAUCAAUAAUUGGGAUGUAGUCCUGUCUCUCCCUCCAGUUGCUAUUUGUUAUUUACUGGGGAGAAUUCAAAGUUACUUGUUUUCCACUGCAAUAGCACUGAGUGGUGUGCAAUGAAAAUGCAUGACCUAUAAGUAAUUCAUUGUAUUCUUUCAAAAGUAAUUACAAGUUGAAGUAUGACUUGCAUUUUUUAAAAAAUGAAGAGGUCAUGGGAAAAUAAUGGGCAUCACACAACAAAAAGUCUGAACUUGUGAGAAAAUACUAAUUAAAUAUAUCAAUCCCUUUUGAAUAUUGUUGAUACUAAAUUUUUAACUAAGAGAAAAGAAAACAAAAAGACUUUGGAAUUAUUUCUCUUUCGGUGUAGGCAUGGUAAUUACUGGUAGAAACCAAAUAAUUUGCGGCUGAUAAGGGAGAGUAAUAUUCCAAAACUGCAUCACUGUAGAUGUAAAAUCUCAUUGAAAUAACAGUUGUGGACUAUAUGUAAAAGAAUUUAGUUGGGCCCAAAAAAACCUUUGGAGGGCAUAAUAUGUAGUAUUGGAGUGCUACUAUUAUCAGGUCUAUACAGAAUCCUAAUCAGAUCAUUGUUUUUCAAACUUAAAUCUUUCAUCAAUGACUGCCCAGUUUUAAUAAUUAGAAUUUCCCAUCUAGGUUUUUCCUUUAUCAUUUUCUUAUCAUGUCUUUGUACAUUGUACAAUUGUAUAACCAGCAUGCCCUCAUCUGAAUGAAAGGUAGCCUAGGCCACUUAAAUUUUGUCAGAUAAUUCUACAAAUUGGCAAAAAAAAAAUGAUGUGAUCUCAGAUGGCUGAAGGAUAACUCAAUAAAUAUCUCAUCUUUCUGCCCUUAAUUCAGUAAGUGACUUUCCUGAGAUGAACCUUUUCAUUAUUAGAAGUGAUUAACAUGUAACUUCUCCCAAUGGUAUCCAUACAUAAUUAUUAGAAGUGAUUAACAUGUAACUUCUCCCUAUGGUAUCCAUACAUAAUUAUUAGAAGUGAUUAACAUGUAACUUCUCCCUAUGGUAUCCAUACAUAAUUAUUAGAAGUGAUUAACAUGUAACUUCUCCCUAUGGUAUCCAUACAUAAUUCUGCAAACAGGUAAUAAGAAUACUCAGACUUAUCAGUUAAAGUUGUGUUCUUGAUCUAACACCAAAUCCUGGUAACUACAACUGUAAUUUAAAAGGGAAUGUGUAGCAGCAAGAGGGGAGAAUUAACAAUCACAUCUUAGGAGUUAAAGGGUAAACUGCUAUGUAUAUAUAUUGGAGGAUUUAAGGGCUUUGACCCUUUUAGCAAACAACACUUUCACCUUUACCUGUAACCCUUUAACUCCCAAGAUCUCAUUAAUAAUUCUCCUUACUGUCUGCCAUAUAGUUCUUCUGAAGCUAGUUUGGGGAAUUUGGUAAUGGAUCAAGUAAUCCUAAUUAAGAUUUUUUUUUUCAUCAUGUGUCUGCUUGAUAUUGUAUUGAUAUUGUAAGGAGAAAUUCUGUCUUGGUCACUCAUGGGAGUUAAAGGGUUAACCCCCUGUUACAAUCCAGUAUCCCAAGUUAUCUUGUGUUUUACUUUGAUGAUCUCAGAGUUAGCCUUCACUUUAUAUUGAAAAAAUUUAAUACAUACAAGGAUAAGUAACCCUUUUUUGAAGUGUUUUUUACCCAGUAAAUCAUUUUUUUUUUCUUUUUUCAGACUGGCAUUAUCAUUGUUGACAACUGUAAACUUGCAGUGGCAGUGAAUUUUGGGACCAAAGCAGCCUCCUUCCCAUUUGCUGCAUCACAGCAGCUUCAAAUUAAAGAUGAAUCGGAAAAUUACAGGUACAUUUUUAUGUAAAUGCACACCAUCAAGAAUAGGCAGAGUGGCUGAGUACUUAGGGCACUGGCCACCUGCUUAGGGACUUGCCAAGUGCUUAAGGACUUGUCAUCCGGUUGUCCCAGGUUGUAGUUCUCCUCUCUGCCACUCACUGGAUUUGUUUUCAGUUGCACUGAGUUCCACUCGUUGGCUUUCUUCUGUUUAAAAGCCAAUUUGGCUGCCUUUUACUAGUUGCGGUUCUUAAAAACUGUGUUGACGUUUAUUUACUAUGUUUAUUUCCAAUUUGUUUGAAUUGCUUAUUUCUAAAAUUUGUAAGCAAAUUCAGAAUAGAGAAAUAAUUUACAUCAUACGAACUGUUAAUAUUGUUAUUAUUAUUAUUAUUAAUUAUUAUUGUAAUUAUUAAUUAUUGUUAUUAUCAUCAGAGGUUUAGGUAUUUAUAAGCGGGUCAAUACAUGCAAUAAUUUUAGUAUAGUGGGUAACCUUUAUUGUUAGAUGUUUUUGACAUGUUCUUGACCCCAAGCAGUGAUUUUUUUGUCAGAUUACUUAUGUCAAACUGCUGUUGGAGCUCUCGUUUUUGGGAGUCAAAGGGUCAACUGUAAUCUUAAGGGCUAGAACUUCCUGAUCAGUGCUCUUUGAUCACAAAUGUACACUUUUUGCACUUCUUGUCCUUUACAUAAUUCUUGAUGUCUACUUCCUUUUUAAAUUCUCAAAGUCGUGUAUGAAAUGUUUUCGUGUUUUGAAUAAAAAGCAAACUUUUUUUAGCUCCUUGGAUCUGACAGGCCCUCUUCUUCUUGGUGGGCUUAUGCAGCUACCAGUUAAAUUCCCAGUCAUCUACAAACAUUUUACUGGCUGCAUCAGAAAUGUUUACAUCAAGUUCUUGGACCUCAGUCAGCCAUUAACAACAACGACGGAAUCAGUGCUAAAUGUAAAGCAAUGGGCAACAUGUGCGUAUAUAAACCUUGCGAGCGAGGCACGUUUUUUAACAUACUUAGUUCUCGUGGCUGCCCCACUGGGUUUGAUGGAAGUCGCUGUGAAACAGGUAUUGAAUUUUUAUUUACGGAUAUGUUAGUGAACAUUCCUCUCGCACUUACUUUAGUUUGAAGCGUUCGGAAAAGUAUGGAAUCUUUUGGAAUCUUUUCAAAUGCUUGGUAUCUAAGAUGCAGACAACAGUUCAUGAGCUGUGCAUGAUAAAAGACACCUUAUGAGCAUUUAAAUGUAUGCGAAGAUCUGCCGGUUUCAAAAACCCUGUGAACAAUCCUUAGAGUUGAAAGAUUCCCUUCCUUAACGUUAAGGGCCGAGUUCCUCAAAUACUGUCUUCUGUUGUGUCAGCAAUUUCUGUUUCUUAACCCUUUCACUGCCAAGAUAUCAUUGUUAAUUCUCCUUACUGUCUAUCAUACAGUUCUUAUGAUGUUAGUUCUGAGAAUUUAGUAUUGGAUCAAUUACUAAUUCUCUAAUUGAUAUUUUUCUUUAUUCUCGUCACUUGUCUGCUUGAUAUUGUUUUGAUAUUGUAAGGAGAAAUUAUGUCUUGGUCAUUUAUGGCAGGUAAAGGUUGUUGUAACUCGGGUUAAUUAGUUUCCUAACCCUUUAACUCCACGAUCAAAUUUGUAAUUCUCCCUACUGUCAACCAUACAAUUUUUACGAUGUUAGUUCAGAGAAUUUAGUAUUGGAUCAACUAAUUAUUCCCAAAUUGAUGUUUUUCUUUAUUCUCAUCACUUACCUGGUUGCUAUUGUAUUAAUUUUGUAAGGAGAAAUACUGUCUUGGUCACUCAUGGGAGUUAAAGGGUUAAAUUGGAGAGAAAUUAUCCAGGCCUCCAGUCAGCGUUGAUUUUCCGGGAGUCGCAUUACCCUAAAAUACCCCAACUAAGGAGAACGUCAAUUUCUUAUCACGGGUUCUUAGAUGUAAACCAUUCAUUCAAACGUCCUUGUUCAACAGGUGUGAAAGACACUGAGAGAUUCUCAAGACAGAGUUUUAAGAGGGUGCCUGCCAACUCAAAGGUCAGUCUUCUGUGAGAUUCCGCACAGCUAAGCCUUCAGGAACUCUGCUUGAAAUCUCUUUUUCGUCAUCAUCUUCGGUGUUGGAGGUAAGUUAUGUAAAUCAAGGUACAUGUUUUGAAAGCCAUUGAACGUUGUUAUACUUACGUGAACUUCGUUUCUAUUUCAGUUGGUUGAUGGUAAACUGUCGUACAACUACAAAGAACUGUUGGUUCUCCAAUUGCCUCACAUAGCGGUGAAUGAUACCCAGUGGCAUCACAAGUCAGACAUGAAUUAUCAAAAGAUGUAUUUGAAAUGUCGUCAGAAGAAUAGUAAUCUAUUCCAUUGGUGGUGUCACAAACCCUCCAGGAAAACAUAGCAAAUUCUGUGUGCUGACAUAGAAUGACAUUUUUUGUCGUAGAUAGACGACGUUAUCUUACACUGCCCUUAUUUUAAACUGUAGAAGAAGAAGGAGUAGAUGCAUGGGUUGAAAAAUUUUCGGACGGUAAAUGGCGAAGUCACGCCUAAGAACUUAUGGGUUU